ACUUCAUCAUCGUCGUCGUCGUCUACCAGUGAGUAAUAUAUUGAUCAUUCAACAACAAAAAUGGCUGGUAAUUUUGAUCCAGAAAUGAUCAUUUCUCGAGCCAUAUUUGUCCUCUUGCUCAUGACCCCUCUCUCAAAAGCCGUUCUUGAUGCCCAUUAUUAUGAUCAAACUUGUCCCCAUGCUGAGACUACUGUGUAUGAGGCCGUCCGUAAUGCUACCAUGCACGAUGCUAAAGUCCCCGCUCGUAUCCUCAGGAUGUUCUUCCAUGACUGUUUCGUAAGGGGAUGCGAUGCAUCAAUAUUGCUGGACUCGACCCCGACGAACAAAGCAGAAAAAGAUGGGCCCCCCAACAUCUCAGUCCGAUCAUUCUACGUUAUCGACGACGCCAAAUCCAAGCUCGAAAUGACAUGUCCAAGCACGGUUUCUUGCGCAGACAUCAUCGCCAUGGCAGCAAGAGACGUUGUAGCCAUGUCUGGAGGUCCAUACUGGAACGUUCUGAAAGGCAGGAAAGACGGAAGAGUGUCGAAGGCUAACGAAACCAUUAAUCUACCAGCUCCAAGCUUCAACGUGACUCAAUUGGUUCAAAGCUUUGCCAAGAUAGGCCUGGGAGUCAAGGAUCUGGUAACGCUAUCCGGCGGCCACACGCUAGGGUUUUCCCACUGCUCUUCUUUCGACUCGCGGCUUCGCAAUUUCAGCGCGGCGAGCGACACCGAUCCGAGCAUGGACGCCGAGUUCGCCGCGAGCCUGAGGAGAAAAUGCCCCAAACCGAACAAGAAUCGAGCUGCCGGAGAGUUCUUGGACUCCACCGCCUCGACUUUUGACAACGACUAUUACAGGCGAGUGAUGGCGGGGAAAGGCGUGUUCGGAUCGGACCAGGCCUUGUACGGCGAUUACGGGACGCGGUGGAUCGUCGAGUUGUUCGCGAGAGACCAGAGUUUGUUUUUCAAGGAGUUUGCAGCUUCAAUGGUGAAGCUCGGGAACGUAGGGGUAGUGCAAGAUGGAGAAGUGCGGGCCAAAUGCCGCGUCGCGAACUGAGAGAGAGAGAGAGAGAGAGAAUAAAUGUAUUUCCUUUUGUAAUCGAAUAUAUUUGUAACGAAAUAACUUACGAACAGUUUCAUAAUGUGCCAGAAAGAGUUUCAUUUAUGAAUCAGAUUAAUUGUUUUUGGCAGUGAAAUGAAAUGAAUUUGGUUAUGAAGCUAAAUGGAAUC